UUCAUUCGAGAAGAGAUUUCCAGCGCCUCACUUUACUUUACACGAUGAAAACACAGACCACAAUAAGCAUUUUGCUUGUCAUCGUCGCAUUUGCCAUCUUUGCAACGGCGCAGAAAUGUGAGGACCACAUGGAAGCAAAAACUUGCCAGUACUUUAUCAAAAUAUAUGGCAAGAAAAACAUUGAUGUCUGCAAGUGGAAACACAUGAGGACCAACUGCGCUUUGACUUGCAAAAUUUGUGUACCCAGACCAAAAUGUGCAACAUCACGAAGCAGAUACGGCUGCUGCUGGGACAAAAAGACAGAAGCGAAGUCCUACGCGGGCGAGGGAUGUCCCGAAUGCAAAGACAGAUACCCGAGCUAUUGUAGACGGCGCGUGCAGCGAUUCUCCAAAGAAAAAGCCUGCAAUGUACGAGGAAACGACAUGUGUCCUAAAAGUUGUGGAGUGUGUAAGAUCAAGGCUGCUGCUCAAAGGCUGCCUGAAUGUCUGGAUUCCCCUUAUGGUUGUUGCUGGGAUCUUACCGCUGCCCUGGGACCUGGAGGAGAGGGAUGUAGAGUCUGUAGGAACCUUUAUACCAGAAUUUGUCGUUUAUGGAACGGGUACUGCCAGCCAAAUGCCUACAAAUUUGUUAAGGAAAGUGUGGUUCACAGAUACAGAAACAGCUGUCCCGUCACGUGCGGAAAAUGCAAAAUAGGACAGAAGAAGCUGGACAUUUCUUCCUUACGGAGACUUUGACAUACGUGAAACUUCGAAUUCUUCAAUACGUUAACAAAAUAUGUCCUCUACGUGUGCCACAGGCAAGAAAAGACGAAAAAUCCUCAGGAAAAGGGGCUACCAACGUAAAAUAAUUUCUUGUCUCAAUUUGAAAUGAAAACCACUAAACAUGCAGUAAAUAUUUGAAGCAUCGAAUUUUGCAUUGCAAGCAGAAAGAACGUGUAUAGUAUAAGAGAAAAACAAUAUUAUUUAUCAGUUAUUUAUAAAACGUCUCUUAAUGAAAAAUAA